UUUCAUUAAAAACAUUUAUAUUUGUCAAGAAAAUCAAGUAUAAUUUAUCGAAAAAAAAUUCAAAUUCAAAUUUAUUUAAACAAUAUUAAAAUGAGUAAAAAACCUGAUCAAUUUGGAGGUGAUACAAGUGCUUCAAGUAUCAAUGAAAUUAUAGAAAAACCAAGUGUUCCACUGCCAGAAAAUCUUUCAGACGUUCCAGAAAAUCUUCCAGACGUUCCAGAAAAAAUAACAAAAAAUUUUAAUAAUAAUUCCGAAAUUCCAGGUAUUAUUAAAAAAUUUAAUAAUGAUACUUUUGUUGAACCAUCAUCAUCGACAAAUGGCUAUCCUGAAAAGUCACCAAUGCCAUCACCAAAAGAUGAGACAUCAAGUGAUGGAUUAAAAGAAAUAUUUUCAGCAGUCAAAUCAUUGGAUGCUAAUCGAUAUGCCACUAAGAAAACUAUUGCUCAGGGUAUGCUAGAUAUUGCUCUAUUAACUGCAAAUGCUUCCCAAUUGAAAUACAUCCUUCAGGUGGGAAGACAACAUGAAUUUUAUACACUCAUGCUGACACUCAUUUGUCUAUCAAUUGGUCUCCAGAUUAUUCAAGGAAUUAUUUGUCUGCUACUUGGAAGUACCUACAAUAUUAAUAAAGAAAAAGAUCAAAAAAAUGCAAACACUUGGAAUAAUAUUGUCUUGGCAAUGAUGGUCCUGACAGUGGCUAUAAAUAUUUUAAUAUCUGCAUUUGAAAUGAAAGACUCGUAUCACAUUCAAGAAGUACCAAUGCACUCUGGCUAUUAUCCAUAUUAAUUAUUAUCAUUAAAAGAAAAAGGAAAUAAUACACGAAAUCUUCUCGACUGAUGAAGAAAUAUUUUUAUUUUUUUUUCUUUACUCCAUUUGAUUCACUCCAUUAUACAAUUUUUGGUUUAUAAUUUUUUAUCUUUUUUAUACAUAUAUUUUUUUUUUAAACUCUCUCUGAAUACACAUAUUCAAUUAUUCACAUAACAAACAUUUAACAAUUGUGUACAUUAUUCAUAAAUAGACAUGAAAAAAAAAUAGAUAGAUAUUUCAAAAGUUUCUAUGACUAGAUAUACAUUUUUUUUUUUUUUUUACAUACAUUUAGUAAUAAUAAUUUUUUUUUUUUUGUUCAUUUUGAUGUUAACAUAUUUUAAAUAAUUGUUUUAAUUGUUGUUGAGACAGUUGAGGUCAUUUUUUCCC